AUGGCUUUGGAAGAAAUUUGUGGCUUCAAAGACACUCCUGUUCAUCUCAGCAGGCCUUUCCCUCUGUCUCAUGGGACAACAACCUUGGGUUUCAUCUUCCAAGGUGGGGUCAUUGCAGCGGCAGACUCACGUGCCAGUGCUGGGGGACUUGUUGCCUGUCCAGCUGUUCACAAGAUUACCCCUAUUCACUCCCAUUUAGUGGUCACCUCCUCUGGUAGCGGUGCAGACUGCAUGCUGUGGGAGAGAAUUCUGGCCAGAGAGAUCAGACUCUACCAACUGCGGCACAGACGUUGCCUUUCAAUAUGUGGCACUGCCAAGCUCCUUUCAUUUAUGCUGCACCCCUUUAAAGGGACUGAUGUGUGUGUGGCCCUGACAUUGUGUGGCUGGGAUAAGGAAACAGGCCCGAAGCUGAUAUAUGUGUGCAGCGAUGGUGCCCGACUGAAGGGGGACAUCUUUUCUGUGGGCUCAGGCUCUCCUUAUGCUUAUGGAGUCCUGGAUAGAGAGCAGAGGUGGAGCCUGAGUAAAGAAGAGGCCAUCUCCUUGGCAAGAGAAGCAGUGUUCAGAGCCACUCACAGGGACGCCUACUCAGGAAACAAAGUGGACAUCUUCCACAUCACAGCCCAGGGAUGGAGCCAAAGAAAGAGAGAGGACCUGAAAGAGGAAUACUAUAGAGACAUGGAGAGGAGGGCGAAGAUAGUGGAGGAAAGAAAAAGAGUGACCAAAUUAGAUGCUUUGGGAUGA